GGGCGGGGGCGGGCCGACCCGUUUGCCGACCGAACCCAGACGUUGACCCGGGAGGCGCGGCGGGUGAGUGCAUGUGUCCGGCACUGGUGGGCUUGCAGAAGGAGCGCGUGAGCCUGUGAAACCACAUGAGAAAUUCCUGAUUUGUGGAAGGUACCUGCCUAAGAAAUCAUGGAUGGUUCAAUAACUGUAGCAGGAGCCAAAGAUCACUCUGCUCUUGGGGAACAGCAAAACAAGGCACUAACUCUUGAAUACUGGCUACAAAAAUGGGAUCAGCACAAUAUUGGAUUUCAUCAAGAACAUGGAAAUCAGUUAUUAAGGAAACACAUGAAUACAUUUCUUAAUGGCAGAAAGGGACUCAGGGUAUUUUUCCCUCUUUGUGGAAAAGCAGUUGAAAUGAAAUGGUUUGCUGACCUGGGUCAUAGUGUGGUUGGAGUAGAAAUUAGUGAACUGGCUAUACGGGAAUUUUUUACUGAGCAGAAUCUGUCUUACUCAGAAGAAUCAGUUGCAGGAAUUUCAGGAGCCAAAGUAUUUAAGAGCUCAUCAGGGACUAUCACUUUAUACUGUUGCAGUAUUUUUGACCUUCCCAGGGCUGAUGUUGGCAAAUUUGACAGGAUUUGGGAUAGAGGAUCCUUAGUUGCUAUUAAUCCAGGUGACCGAGAAUGCUAUGCCAGAUUAAUGUUGUCUCUGGUGGGAAAAGAUUUUCACUAUCUGCUGGCUACUCUUUCAUAUGAUCCAACUAAAUAUUCAGGCCCACCAUUUUAUGUUCCUGACAGUGAAGUUAAAAGUUUGUUUGGCUCAACAUGUAAUAUCCAGUGUCUUGAGAAGGUUGAUGCUUUAGAAGAAAGACAUAAAAAAUGGAAAAUUGAUUACUUUAUUGAGACUUUAUAUCUCUUUACAGAAAAAUAAAUGACAAAGCUGCAUAAGAUUUGGCAACAUAUCUGAUAUCUUAUAUGUAUCUUUCCUCCUUCAGCUACUAAACAUGAUUUUAUGACAUGAAAAUGUAAUGAACAUCUUUGAAAGAUUUUAACUCAUUAUAUACCAUUUGCAGUAUCUAUUGGAAUAUGCAUGUAAUUUUAAGACAUUUGUAAUGGGGCUACUAUUUUAUUAUGCUUAUGAUGAUUCCAGUGUUGAAAUUAAAUAUUUUAAUUUGAGCAAAAUUUGGAAAUAAAAGAUUACUUAUGCCACUUUUCUUCAUCCUUGAUUCAUGACCCCACAAAAUCUAGUUGAAGCAGUUUUUUAUUUGAACACAUUUGAUGCC